AUAACACAUCCCGAGGACAUCCUCUCCUGUAUGCAUAACUUGAUAGAAUUUCUAAAGUGUUAUCCCCCUGCCACUUUAACAAAAUGAGCGUCAAUGGCAUUAUAAUUAAUGAAGCGUUCCGUGUUUUUUAAUGUAAAGUUCAUCAUAAGAGCACUAUAGUCAUUUAUUAACUAAUACAUUUAUUUGAAUAAGCUAUAGUAGCGUGUGCAUUAAAGCAGCGUUACGUGACACAGCUUCCGUAGAUUUAAUGCAUAUUUCCGCAUGUAACCCCUUUUAUGUUAAUUAAUGUUGAUGUUGCCCUCUAGUUUCUGACUUUAUAUUUCCACUGUAAGUCACUGAAAGAUUGCUUGCAACAGAAGACGUUUAACUCGUUUUGGUUACGUAAGACAAAAGUUACAACACCAAUGUUCAAUGUUCAGCACCAGGGACAGCGGUAGACAAUGAAUCUGGUUAAUUUGUGAAAGUUAUUAAUUGGAUCCAGAAAUGAAUUCGAGGCAGUAAAAUCAAAGUACAGAAAUGACAAACCGCUACGAGGCGUAACAAACCCGCGCCGGUUUUAGCCAGCUGUUGUGUGAUAAAAAGGAAAAAGGUGCCGGUUCUCGUGCUUUUCAAUGGAGAGGGUCGAUCUCUGUGACGGAUUUGUUACAGUUUAUGUUGCGUCAUUCUACCACAUUAAAGGUAUUUGCAAACAAUUGGACAGUGGCUACACUUGACACUGGCUAACUCUGCCCAGCACCUUUUUAAAUGGAUUCUUCAUUCAGGUGUCUACUCAUUCAAGUGUCUACGCAGGCGCGAGCUCUGAGCUCAUAGCGUGACUCUAAUCGCAGAUCUCGAGCUAUAAAACCCAAAUUCCUAUCUUUAUUUGUAAAAUUCGAUAUAGAGAUCUCUUGUGAUCCAAGAAGCAAAUCAAGCAGGAGGACACUGCUCUUUUACUGGGCUCCUCUUUCCACUGAGACAUUUACCGACUUGACUUACUCUGCCUAAGGUUCUUGGAGGAUUUUGGACAUGAAGCUGCAUUUGCUCGUUUGCACCGCUGCCCUGCUAGUUGCGUUUCUACCACGUCGUCAAUGUCGACCAGCCGAGAGUGGCGGAGCAGCUCAGACCGGCGUCGAUCCUCAAACAGAUCUCCAGCAGCAGUCUCUUCCAGUACUGGUGCGAAUGGGAGAGGAGUACUUCAUUCGGCUUGGAAAUGCGCAUCUGUCCUUAUCAAAUGUGCCUCCCGACACGCUGUCCAGAGCUCUGCAGGUUCAACUUACUCAGCGGCUUUUGCAAGGUAAAAUUGGCAACGUCAGCCGGCUGGUGAAACACUAUGCUGACCAGACAGACGGCUCAAUACAGAAGGGGAAGCGUUCUGAGGAGCCCCCCAUUUCACUGGACCUGACCUUCCAUCUCCUCCGAGAGGUUCUGGAAAUGGCUCGAGCUGAGCAACUGGCCCAACAGGCGCACAACAACAGGAAAAUGAUGGAGGUCAUCGGAAAGUGAUCUUCCGCCAAACCCGAGUGAAGGCUAACCUAAAACACGCAGUAUUAUGUAUCAUAGUGCUACCUUUACAUUAUUUGUUUAUUUUUAUAGCUUUAAACCUCCAGCUGAAGAAACAGAAACAGGAAAUGUAUUUCGCUUGAUGGUAAUCGAAUCGUAUCAGAAACGCGAGGCAGUUGAAGCAUAAG